UUGUGUUUCUCCUCGGUUAAAUAUCCGUGAUGGAGCAGAACCAUUCCAGCAUGUAUUCAGUAAAGCAUCUGAGAGAGUUCAUCAGCGAGCGGCUAACUGCUGCUGCGGAGGAAAUCUUUGGGGUGUUUGAGAGAACCAUUGAGCAGCAGAUGGACCAUCAGCGCAGACUGCUGGAUAGCAGCUUCCAGGAAACAGAUGUUCAGCAGUGUUUUCUCACAAAGAUGGAGUCCCUCGGGGACCAGCAGAUCAGCAAGCAGAUGGAGAACUUCAGUGAAGACCAACUGGAAGCGGUACCUCCAGAGAUUAAAGAGGAGCAGGAGGAGCUGUGGGCCGAUGAGGGAGAUGCUCAGAUGGUACUGAAGCAGGAAGCUGAUGUCCAAAUGGUGACACCGAUGUUUGAGGAAGGAGAUCAGAGUGAGUCUAAGUCACACGGAGAUCAGUUCCACCCUAAGAGACCAGAUCAGGAGGUCAGCUGGCCUGAAGACUUUGAAGCAGCCAGAAACACAGAGCAGAAGGAGAGAUGGAGCGGAAAGCAGAUGGACAGCUGUCUCCUCGCAAAGGGUGAUGGAAGCAGCUCCCUGCAGAGUGGUGGAAAAACGACCAAGACCUCAGGAACGACUCUCUACACAAUCCACACAGAUUUCCCCAACCAUUUUCUCUGGAAAGAGGCCAAGAUUCUUGAAGAGCAGGAGGGACACGCUGGUCGGGAUGAAGAGGAACCAGAACCUCUUGAGAUUAAAGAGGAGCAGGACCCCUGCUUCAGAACUGAUACUGAUCAGCUGGCAGUGAAGCAGGAGAUCAAUAGCUUCAUGGUGACCUCUGAUUAUGAGGAAACAGAGCAUAAUGAGUCAGGACCAAACAGGAACCAACCCUGUUCUAACUCAUCCACUGCAACUGAGAGCAAGUAUCUGGAGGGAACCCUGUCUGAAGAGUCUGGAUCAAGUAGAAAUUGGAAAAAUGAAAAUAAUAUCGCAGACAACCUCACUGGAUUAGACAGUCUCUGCAGUUCUGACCUGAGUAAUAAAUCCUUGAAAUGCGGCGUCUGCGGAAAAACUUUUAGCAGCAAUUUCAAAAUGCGAAAACAUUACAGGAUCCACACAGGGGAGAAACCAUAUUCCUGUAAGAUCUGCAGGAAAGCUUUCAGAGAAAGCAAAUAUCUGUCAGUCCACAUGAGAACUCACACAGGGGAAAAGCCGUAUUCAUGUGAAACCUGUGGGAAAAGUUUCAGUCAAAACAGCCAUUUAAGUUCUCACAAGAGAACCCACACAGGUGAGAAGCCACAUCCCUGCAGCACCUGUGGAAGAAGAUUCGCAGAAGCAUCUGCUCUUAGAAACCACAUGCUCACCCACACUGGAGAAAAGCCAUUUUCCUGUCAUAUUUGUGGGAAAAUAUUGAGGUACAGCAGCAGCUUGUCUGCUCACAUGAAAAUCCACACCGGCGAGAAACCAUUUGCAUGUAAAACCUGUGGGAAAUGCUUCAGCCACAACAGCAGCUUAAUUUCCCACAUGAGGAUCCACACAGGAGAGAAGUCAUAUCAGUGCACAACGUGUGGACGCUGCUUUAGCCACAGCACCACCCUGCUGCGUCACACCAGGAGCCACACAGGAGAACGGCCGUAUUCCUGCGCCACCUGUGGGAAAUGUUUUAACAGCAGCAGCCACCUUACUGUCCACAUGACAACCCACACCCGGGAGAAGUUAUAUUCCUGCACCAUGUGCAGCAAACGCUUCAGUCAUGGCAGUAACCUAGUGCGGCACAUGAGAACCCACACUGGCGAGCGGCCAUACUCCUGCCAGACAUGUGCCAAAAGGUUCAAAAGCAGCACUCAUCUCUCCCGACACAUGAAGACACAUAGGAAAGGUUGUAAUCCUGAAGUGGAAAUUAUCCUGGAAGAUGGUAGCACACCAGUCAGUUAGAGUUAUUGCUGCUCAAAGUGACUGGGGAAUUGGCUACAUUGAUGGAUCCCUACAACCAUUUAGAGAAAUGUUUGCUUAUUUUCACAGACUAUAAAUAACAAAGUUCUAAACCUGAUCACUAAACUUGACAUGAUUGUCUUUCUGAAUGCAAAACUUCUACCCCCAUAGAUUUCCUCCUUUAGAUCAAAGCAAUGCGACACGCAGCAUUUGUUCAGUCCUCAUAGUUAUUGAACGGGUUUUGAAAAUGUACUUCUAUUAUAAACACUUCCUGCUAACUUAUUUACUGCUGGUAAUCCUCGGUUAAUUCAGAAGUCACUGUAUUUUGGACUUGUAGUCCAUUUGGGUUUUAUACACUUUUUGGCCAAAAGCAUUUCUUGAACUCAAGUGUUUGUUUACUUUAUUGGCAUUAAGUUCUAUAAUGAAUUUUAAAGAAUUACCCUAUUUACACUACCCUUGAAAAACCGUGCCGAGACCGGUCCGAGCUCAGUAAGUUCCAGAGGUGGGCUCGGCUCGGUUUUUUCCCUGGCUCUGUUCUCUGAUAAAAGAGCGCAUGAGCAGAACGCGUCAUCUUCUUCUGGCUGCACAUCACGAUUCACACUUCAUUCCAAUAGUUGGCGGUAAUACCCCUCCAGAAGUUGCGCGCUAACCAACACAAAACAGAAGAAGAACAACAACUAUAAACACCUCUAAACAUCCACGAAUGGUUGCCGUCUUCGCCUGACCCUCCGCAAAUAACGAAGUACAGCAAUAAUAAUCAAGCAUAACUUUCUGAAUGUGACGGGCGCCGCCAUUUUGAUUUGCUUGAUUCCCUCCUUCUUCUUCUUCGUCUUCUUCUUCUUGUGUUUUAUGGCGGUUG